UCCAGGCUCUGCUCUUCCUGUCCGCGCGGAUCCCGCUGUUCUUGUCCCCACGGAUCCCGUGGAUCCUGCUGUUCCCCUCUGCGUGGAUCCCGCUGUUCCGGCGCUGGCUCUCCCCAGAUCGCUUCACUUCGCAGCUCUCCGUGCUGACAUGGUCACUCCACGGGGGCUUUGGCCGCCGGGCGGAUGGGGACAGCUGCUCCGGAGAGGCUAGCGGGCACAGCCUGGUAGGGUCCAUCUCGGAUAGAAGCGGAUGAUGCCAGAGCUAUGACAGGGACUGCAGUGUUGGCACGGAGGGGUGAUCAGUCAUGGAACAACUACAGGAGGAAGUACCUGAGGUCAGGGAAGAGGAGGAGGAAGAGGAAGAGGCAGUGACGGAGGCAAGCGGAGCCACGGAGCCGAGUGCAGGAGCAGAGAGCUCGCUGCCUUGCAGCAGCUACACAGACCUCUCGCAGAGCUCCUCGCCCUCGCUCUCGGACCAGCUGCAGAUGGGCUGCGAGGAGGUGGCGCUGAACGUGGAGUGCAGGGUGUGCGGGGACAAGGCCUCGGGCUUCCACUACGGCGUGCACGCCUGCGAGGGCUGCAAGGGCUUCUUCCGCCGCACCAUCCGCAUGAAGCUGAAGUACGAGAAGUGUGAGCGGAGCUGCAAGAUUCAGAAGAAGAACCGCAACAAGUGCCAGUAUUGCCGCUUCCAGAAAUGCCUCUCACUGGGCAUGUCGCAUAACGCCAUCCGCUUUGGCCGCAUGCCAGAAGCGGAGAAGAGGAAGCUGGUGGCGGGGCUGACAGCCAGCGAGAUCGGCUGCCAGAACCCGCACGUGGCCGACCUCAAAGCCUUCUCCAAGCACAUCUACAGCGCCUACCUGAAGAACUUCAACAUGACCAAAAAGAAGGCGAGAGGUAUCUUGACCGGGAAGGCCAGCAGCACCCCACAGCCGUUUGUGAUCCACGACAUGGACACCUUGUGGCAGGCAGAAAAGGGGCUGGUCUGGAAACAGCUGAUGAACGAGAUCCCCCCCUACAAGGAGAUCGGGGUCCACGUCUUCUACCGCUGCCAGUGCACCUCGGUGGAGACCGUGCGGGAGCUCACYGAGUUCGCCAAGAGCAUCCCCAGCUUCGUAGGCCUUUUCUUGAACGACCAGGUGACCCUGCUCAAGUACGGGGUGCACGAGGCCAUCUUUGCCAUGCUGGCCUCCAUCAUGAACAAGGAUGGGCUGCUGGUGGCCAACGGGAACGGCUUCGUGACGCGCGAGUUCCUGCGCAGCCUGCGCAAGCCCUUCAAUGAGAUCAUGGAGCCCAAGUUYGAGUUUGCCGUGAAGUUCAAUGCGCUGGAGCUGGACGACAGUGACCUCUCGCUGUUUGUGGCUGCCAUCAUCCUCUGUGGAGACCGGCCCGGCCUCAUGAACGUGAAGCAGGUGGAGGAGAUCCAGGAGAACAUCCUGCGAGCGCUGGAGUUUCACCUGCAGAGCAACCACCCGGACGCUCAGUACCUCUUCCCCAAGCUGCUGCAGAAGAUGGCCGACCUGCGGCAGCUGGUGACCGAGCACGCGCAGCUCGUGCAGAAGAUCAAGAAGACGGAGACAGAGACGUCUCUGCACCCGUUGCUGCAGGAGAUCUACAAGGACAUGUACUAAGGACCCAUUAUUUAUGAGAGACCGAAGCCAUGGAUUCCCAGCAAAACUCUUUGUGCAGACACAGAGAGAACCCUGCCCACGUCUUCCGUUUCUUCUCCUGGAAGCUUUUCUACGCAUUGCUGACAUACGGUACGGAGGGCGAGAUGCCCUCAGGUCCUGCAGCCGGGAGGCCAGGCCUUCAUUAGCACAAACUAACGAGCGGCCGGGCAGCCCGGGCGCUGCAGGCUCUGCUGUGGCCCUGCUCUCCCGCUGCUCCCGCUGGGCGCGGGGCCAGCACCAAGCGGCAGCACUUACAGCCCCUCUUUAUCUUCUCUCUGUGUUGCACUCUGAAGACGUAGUCCUGAGCCGCGAAGUUUAGGACAGCGUGAGGAAAGGAAACCUCUCUCUUUUCCAAAGGAAAGCGGGGAGGUAUCUGCAGACGGGUGGAGCUGUUUCAGCAGGA